GCUCGUUAAGUGAAGUUGUCUCGUGGUCUUGAAAGACGUGGAAUCGUGGCCGGUGCGUGAAUGAUUUAAUUUCGAAUAAAAUCGGUUUAUUUCGAUUUAUAAACGCGUAGCUAUGAUUUAGCGUUACUGUUCGUAGUAAUAUUUCCGGGGCAGUUUAAAAGAACUUUAUAGUGCAUAGUGAAUUUAACAUUUUAAAUUCCGCUACCUACUCUACUGCUUUCACGGUGUACAUGUAUGUGCACACAAAUACGCCAGGAUUUCCCAUAAUUUAAUUGCAACCGUACACGCAGUUGUCGAAAAUGAGUGUAAUCCGGACGUUGUUCUCUCUAGCUGUCCAUAAUGGGAAACAGGGACUGCGGAAUAGCGGAACUAAAUCGUUCCGACCGCUUCUCUCAUGCGCGCCGGUUGCUAUGGUCGGCUUUGAACGCAACGCCCAUAGCCAGGACAUCACCAAGAACAUCCAGUACAUAAGCAAUGAGAAAACCAAGCUUACCGCCGAUCCUAACACUUUGAAGUUAGAUAAGCUGCCAAAUAGGCCUCUCUGCGUGAUGAUCAACUGGCUUCUAGCGCGACAGAAACACGUAAUGAAGUUCGCGACGCUUUAUUUGGAGCAGGGCUUCGAUGUCGUCUCUAUAUCUUGCACGCCGUGGCAGCUCAUGUGGCCGCAGAAAGGUUCACAGUUGGUGACCGGGGACCUGCUGAAGUUUUUGUCAGCGAAUGACAACGACCAUCCUCUAGUGGUCCAUGGGUUCUCCAUCGCUGGGUAUUUAUGGGGCGAGGUAUGCGUUCAUGUCAUGAAGGACCCUAAACGGUUCCAGCCGUUGCUUGACCGCGUGGCAGCGCAGGUGUGGGACUCGGCUGCCGACAUCACGGAACUCACCAUCGGCGUGCCUUCCGCCGUCUUCCCCAAAAACAAAAUCCUGCAGAAGACGCUCCAGACCUACUUGGAAUAUCACUUGAAGACUUUUCACGACGUGGCGACGUGCCACUACAUCCGCUCAUCGCAGAUGUUUCACACGAACUUGUGUCGAGCACCGGCUCUCUUCAUGCUCUCCAAAAGCGACCCUGUUGGUGCAGAGAACAGCAAUCGCGCCGUGCACGACAGCUGGGUGCGCAUGGGCAUUCAGUGCACCUGGAAGUGCUGGGACAAGUCUCCCCACGUGAUGCACUACAUCUAUCACCAGAAGGAGUACUUAGCGGCGCUCUACAGUCACCUGGACAAGUACGGGCUCGUCAGCCAGCCGGAUAAAAUGCGAAUGAGGUUAUAAUACCCGCCCAUACGUCCGACAAAUGAUAGUCUACCCCAGAAGGUAACCCACAAUCCCAAAUGACGAAAAAUAAAAUUUUGUUCUUUAAAUUCACCAUUAUUCUGCUUUCAACUUCGAUAAUCAGUUGUUAUCUUGGUUUUCCAAAAUCUGUUUAUGCAAUGUGUUAAUUUGCAUUCUCGCCAUAUGUACUAAAAAAAUAAAUCUCAAAAAAAUCCAAAAUUCUUAUUUUUAUUCAAUUGCGGUAAACAUCGAUUCGUAAUCACCUGAUCCAAAGGUUAUUAAUUUUUGUACGACACGUGUAUAAAACUUGUACGUAGAACGCCGACAAAGAAGUUCAAAAAGGGCCCGGCAAAUUGUUGCUAUCUCUUCCUCUAACGCAUUAAGUGCACGCGCGUAUGUAGUUUAGCGACUGGGAUAGCCGCAAUAAAUUUAUUGAUCAAUUCUAUUUAGUCGUAUCGUGAAAUGCACGCGUGAUUUCUUGUAUUUUUUACGAUUUUUAACAAGAGAUUUUUCUGUUCAUGAAGAAUUGUAUUACCAUCAAGUGCUUCUUACUAUGGGCGGCAAGUGUGCGACUAUUAUAUGUAUAUACGACUAAGGGUGAUGUGCAACGGUUAGUUUACACGAAGAAGAUUACGAAUGUCGAACAAUUUCACGCAAAAACCAUCUCCGCUUUAAAAUUUGUGAAGUGAAUUUAUGUCGGCUUUAAAUUAGUGCUUAGGAAAGUUCAAACGAAACUCUCGACAAAACAUGCGAAUUUUUGCAUAGCCAGUGAGUGAGUGAACCACGUCUUGUAGGUAUUAAUGGGUAAGUACCAAAACAAAAUUACAAAAAAAAAACGAACAUUUUCAGUCAACUUCCCUAAUUAUUCUAAAUAAU